AUGAACGUCGUAAUGGCCGAUGCAGAGGAGUAUCGAAAGCUAAGAGUAAAGAGUAAAGUUGAUGGGAAGGGUGUUGUUGUCGAGGAAAAAGAAUUAAAAAGAACUGUUGGCUUUAUUCUACUCAGAGGGGAGAACAUCUGUACAUUUAUAGCAGAGGCUCCUCCUCAGCAGCAGCCAAAGAAACCCGAUGCUUCAUUAGCAGGGCUAGGGAGAAGCAUGCCUGCAGGUAGAGGUGUUAGUGCUGUACCGUUAAGUGCAGCACCUGUAGGGCUGGCAGGCCCUGUUAGAGGUGUAGGGGCCCCAGCCCCACAUCAAAUGGUUGGGGGGGGCCCCCCUAUUGGGAGGGGCCCCAUGGGGCCCCCAGGCAUGCAGCCUCCUGUAGGCAGUAUGCCUCCUAUGAUGAGGCCUCCAGGUUCAAUGAUGUAA